AAUGUAUUUUUUAAUUUUUUAAUCUUCCUUCACCUCACCUACUAAUCUCCUUGCAAGGGCCGCACCUGAGCCGGUGAACGCAGAGGAAAUCACAAGAAGCCCCUUCCAGAUCGAGAAGCUCUCUCCCGUAGGACAUAAUGGCGGCGGCAGCAGCGACAUCUACCUUUUCGGUUGGAUCAUCUGUUUCGUUUUCCCCUCGAGCAAGCUCAGUUGCUCAAUCCAAGACCCAAGCUGUGAAACUCAACCCUCAUAACUCGCUCCCUAGUUUCUGCGGUCUCAAAGCAGCGACAUCUCUGGCCUGUGGGCUGGAUUCCUCCUCCUUCACCAAGGCUCUGCGUGCUUCUAUUGCACCUAAAGCCCAAACAUCUGACAAAAAGCCGUACGGGCUUCAGAUCAAUGCCUCGUACAAAGUGGCCGUUCUUGGAGCUGGUGGAGGGAUAGGUCAGCCUUUGUCGCUUCUUAUCAAGAUGUCCCCUUUGGUCUCUGACCUUCACCUCUAUGAUAUAGCCAAUGUUAAGGGGGUUGCUGCUGAUUUGAGUCACUGCAACACCCCUUCUCGAGUUCUGGAUUUCACCGGAGCUGCUGAGUUGGCAAAUUGUUUGAAAGAUGUGGAUGUGGUUGUUAUCCCGGCUGGAGUUCCAAGAAAACCCGGUAUGACCCGUGAUGAUCUCUUCAACAUCAAUGCCGGCAUCGUGAAAACCUUGGUUGAGGCUGUUGCUGAUAACUGCCCUAAUGCCUUUAUCCACAUAAUCAGCAACCCGGUUAACUCCACAGUACCGAUAGCCGCGGAAGUUUUGAAACAGAAAGGUGUCUAUGAUCCCAAGAAACUCUUUGGUGUCACCACUCUGGAUGUUGUGAGGGCAAACACAUUUGUUGCUCAGAAAAAGAACCUUAAACUCAUAGAUGUGGAUGUUCCAGUUAUCGGUGGCCAUGCCGGGAUCACGAUUCUGCCCCUUCUCUCGAAAACCAAACCGUCUGUCAACUUCACCGAUGGAGAAGUGGAAGAGCUGACAGUUAGGAUCCAAAAUGCUGGGACUGAAGUUGUGGAAGCAAAAGCUGGUGCAGGAUCAGCCACCUUGUCAAUGGCAUAUGCUGCAGCCAGAUUUGUCGAGUCAUCUCUCCGUGCUCUGGAUGGAGAUGGAGACGUUUACGAAUGCUCGUUUGUGGAGUCGAGUCUGACUGAACUUCCCUUCUUUGCAUCACGGAUCAAGCUUGGGAAGAACGGUGUUGAGGCUGUGAUCGAGUCUGACUUCCAGGGACUGACCGAGUAUGAGCAGAAGGCUCUGGAAGGUCUUAAGCCGGAACUGAAGGCCAGCAUCGAGAAGGGUAUCUCAUUCGUUAACAAGCCAACUGUUGCGGCAAACUAAACCGGGAUGGAUGCCUGACAGAGCCCGGUAACAUUUUUCUUCUGAUCAGUUCAAGUUUCUUUCGCGUUUUUUGUUUCCUAUGAGUCUUCUUCCUUCGAUCAGAUCGACGGUUGGUGUUGUAGAAUAAAGAAUGUAGAUUCAGGACCGAGGAAUUGUCUCGUCUGAGACAGUUUCGAGAUUUUGAAACAACAGCUUUUGCAAGUGUUUCGUUUUCCCGUGAUCCUCAACUGCUGAUCGGAUCUGUCGGAGCACUCCGUAAUUGUCGUCUACUGCAAACUCGAUAAUGAUUUUAAGUUUAACCA